AUGCCCGAGUUCCUGUCCAAGAAGUUCGACUACAUCAUCGUCGGCGGUGGAACGGCAGGCCUACUUGUCGCCGCUCGAUUGACCGAGAAUCCAAAUAUUCACGUUGGAGUUCUCGAGGCCGGAGACUCCAAGAUCGACGACCCAAACGUCGAUCGACCGGAAAAGUUCCCAAAUACACUGAAUAAUCCAGAGUAUGACUGGGUAUUCCAUUCGACUCCUCAGACUGGCAACAAUAACAGAGUCCACCAUGUUCCCCGCGGCCGGAUGCUGGGCGGCUCGAGCGGCAUCAACUUCAUGGCUUAUAUAAGGCCCGCGGCCGAGGAUAUUGAUCUCUGGGAAAAGAUGGGAAAUACGGGGUGGUCGUGGGAGGAGCUCAGGACGUAUUAUCUCAAAAGCGAGAGAUUUCAUGGGAGAAAUGAGGCAGUGGGCUCUGGAGAGAUCUACAGAAGCACCACAUCCCAUGGUGAUUCCGGACCCAUCAUCACCUCAUUGCCCUCAGCGAAGCCGCCAAUUGAGGAACGCUUCAUCGCUGCAUUUGACGAAGUAUCAGGAUCAUUGAGAGCGGAGGACCCGUACGGUGGCAAGCCUCUUGGCCUGUACGAACACCUAUCAACAGUUGACCCCGAACACGGCACCCGAAGCUACGCUGCAUCGGCUUUUUUGCAUCCACACCGUGGCCGGAAGAACCUACAAAUCUUGCCAGGAGCUACGGUGUGCAGGAUCUUGCACGAUACCAACAAAGACACCUUCACCGCAACAGGCGUUGAGUUCCUCUACCAAGGCGUUAUCCAUCGCGUGUCUGCGAGCAUAGAGAUCAUCCUGGCCGCAGGCUCUAUCCAAACGCCCCAACUCCUAGAGCUAUCGGGGAUAGGCGACCCACGCGUCCUGCAUGCCACCGACAUAGACUGCACACUCGCGAUCCCCGACGUGGGAAAUAACCUCUGCGAACACCCAAUGACGUCUCUUACCUACGCAAUUGACGGGAAGGCGUCCGCUCAUGGCGGCGUCAGCUUGAUCGCCUUCCUCCCGUACGGUAGCCUUGUACCACAGGGUGAAUUGGACCAGGCAGUUGGACGGAUUGACCGAGUCGGAUCACUGUCCGAGGUCGAGAGGCAGGCUGUUCGUUCACGGCUGCAGGAUCCCGCAUCUGGCGCCGUGCAGCUGAACGGCAUUUCCGCCUACGUCGACAUCGAGAGCGGACAUACCGAUCGUGGGAAGUUGAUUCCUGACGUCUCUGGGCACGAACAAAUAUACUACAGUUUCCUCGUCACUAUCACUAGUACGCUUUCUCGCGGUUCCACACAUGUUGUGUCGUCGGAUCCUCUGGUGCCCCCGGCCAUCGAUCUCGGCCUUCUGAACGAAGAAGCGGAUGUGGAUCUACUGGCUGCUGGACUCGAGUUUGCCGAUCGGGUGUUCUCGUCCCGUCAGGUCUCCGAUCAGGUUCUGAAGCGAGUCGUUCCGGAUCCUGAGACGGAUCUACGCAAUCGGGCGCAGGGCCGAGAGUUUGUGCGCGACUGGGCCACGUCGUUCAACCAUAUCCUCGGGACUUGUGCGAUGGGAAAAGUGGUAGACGAGCGACUGCAGGUAAAGGGUAUGAGCGGCUUGAGAAUUGUAGAUGCUAGUGUCAUUCCGACUCAGAUCAGUGGGAAUGUGUUGGCUACGGUGUACGCGGUUGCUGAGAGGGCAGCUGAUAUGAUUAAGGAAGAUCAUCAAUCUUUCACUCUACUUGGUAGAUAG